CGCAAUUCUGGGUGACCUUGAACAACGCGGACUUUCCCACCAAAUACGGUGUUAGCUGCUGUUGAUCUUGUGUGGACGGAUGACAGAUCCAUUUUAUGUCGAGGGUGAUUUAGAGGAUUUUGAAGAAGAGGACGACCCGGAGAGUCAAUUCUACGGGGAUGAACAAAGCAACAAUGAAGACGAUGAAAUUACUCCAGACAUGUGGCAAGAGGCUUGUUGGAUUGUGAUCAGUAGUUAUUUCGAUGAAAAGGGUCUAGUCAGACAACAGCUGGAUUCUUUUGAUGAAUUCAUUCAAACAUCCAUUCAAAAGAUUGUUGAAGAUUCGCCUAUCAUUGAACUGCAGGCAGAAGCUCAACACACUGGUGGAAUUCUAGAAACUCCUGUUCAAUAUCGUUUAAAAUUUGAACAGAUCUAUCUGAGUAAAGCUACGCAUUGGGAGAAAGACGGAUCUUCAGUACCGAUGACACCGAAUGAUGCACGGUUGAGAAAUCUCACGUAUGCAGCACCGCUGUAUGUCGAUGUCAUGAAAAGAAUUAUACGUGAUUCUGUGAUUGAAGAGAAACCGCUGGAGAAAAAGUUUAUCGGAAAAAUACCGAUUAUGCUGAGAUCUACAUAUUGUCUUCUGUCAGUAAUGAGUGAUCGUGAUUUGGCUGAAUUAAACGAGUGUCCAUUAGACCCUGGCGGUUAUUUCAUCAUUAACGGGUCGGAGAAAGUUUUGAUCGCUCAAGAGAAAAUGGCUACUAAUACAGUGUAUGUUUUCCGACAAAAAGACAGUAAAUAUGCCUACAAAACAGAGAUUCGAUCAUGUCUUGAGCAUAGUUCACGGCCUGCUAGCACCUUAUGGAUCAAUAUGAUGGCACGUGGUGGCAAAGACGGCAGCAAACGGGCUACUAUCGGUCAACGGAUUGUAGCUAUUCUACCCUACAUAAAACAAGAGAUUCCAGUGUUAAUUGUUUUCCGAGCAUUGGGUUUUGUCGCUGAUCGUGACAUCCUUGAGCAUAUUAUCUAUGAUUUUGAUGAUACAGAAAUGCGUGAAAUGAUUAAACCCUCACUGGACGAUGCAUUCGUGAUUCAAGAACAGAAAGUUGCCCUUAAUUUUAUCGGUUCUCGCGGUGCUCGUCCUGGUGUUACAAAGGAGAAGAGAAUAAAGUAUGCUAAAGAAAUCCUACAGAAGGAGACUUUACCACAUGUCGGUGUUUCCGACUUUUGUGAAACUCGUAAGGCUUACUUUCUAGGCUAUAUGGUGCAUCGUCUACUGUUGGCUGCUUUAAAACGUCGCGAUGUCGACGAUCGUGAUCAUUAUGGAAAUAAACGGUUGGAUUUGGCAGGACCACUUCUCGCCUUUCUCUUUCGUGGAUUGUUUCGAAAUCUUACCAAGGAGAUUCGGUUGUAUGCACAAAAGUUUAUAGACAAAGGCAAAGAUUUCAAUUUGGAAUUGGCUAUUCGCAGUCAAAUUAUCACUGACGGGUUGAAGUAUUCCCUAGCCACAGGGAAUUGGGGUGAUCAGAAAAAAGCGAAUCAAGCUCGUCCCGGGGUUUCACAGGUGCUUAAUCGAUUGACAUUUGCAUCAACAUUGUCACAUUUGAGGCGUUUAAAUUCACCAAUCGGAAGAGAUGGAAAGUUGGCAAGGCCUAGACAAUUGCAUAACACUUUAUGGGGUAUGAUUUGUCCAGCUGAGACACCUGAAGGUCAUGCUGUCGGACUGGUAAAAAAUCUUGCUCUUAUGGCGUAUAUAUCUGUUGGCAGUCAACCAUCACCUAUUCUGGAAUUCCUGGAGGAAUGGAGUAUGGAGAAUUUAGAGGAGAUUGCUCCUUCAGCUAUUGGGAAAACAUGCAAAAUAUUCGUCAAUGGUUGUUGGGUAGGUAUUCAUAGCUCACCGGAUCACUUAAUGGGCACUCUGCGUAAACUUCGUCGUCAAGUUGAUGUCAUUGUCAGUGAGGUCAGUAUGAUACGAGAUUAUCGUGAUCAAGAAAUCCGAAUUUAUACAGACGCUGGACGUAUUUGUCGUCCACUGGUCAUUGUUGAAAAAGGCAAACUACUUUUGAAACGUAGUCAUAUUGAACUAUUAAAGGAUAAAGCGUACAAUCGGUAUAGGUAA